ACUUCCCGGAUGGAGUUUUGUCGCCAUAUUUGGUCGCCGGUAGUAUAGGAGGAUUUUAAGCUGCUGUUACUUUGCAUCCGUCUGCACAAACAAACAGCCUCUCUUACCUUCACUUUUCCACCUCCUCCCGGUCCCCGGUAGCCAUGGCAGAUCAAGAGCACUUGGUUUACCAGGCUAAACUAGCAGAGCAAGCCGAGAGAUACGAUGGUGUGUGUGUGUGUGUGUGCAGGAAGGGCGACUACCACAGGUACCUAGCAGAGUUUGCCACGGGUAAUGACAGAAAGGAAUCAGCGGAGAACAGUUUGGUGGCGUAUAAAGCUGCCAGUGACAUUGCCAUGAUUGAGCUCCCCCCCACACAUCCCAUCCGGCUCGGCCUCGCUCUCAACUUCUCCGUCUUCUACUUCGAGAUCCUUAAUUCCCCCGACCGUGCCUGCAGGUUGGGCUUCUUCUCUCCUCACUUAAACUGUAUAGAUAGCUAUGUCUACCUGACGGGCAAAGAUGCCACACACUCCAAUGAUGACCAGUAUGUUGAAGACAGCCGACCCAACAAUGGUGCCAACGCCGACAUCUCCCUUCGUGAUGAACACACCUGCCAGUCAAGCAAGUGA